UAUAACUUCCGUCCCCCGCUCAACCAUGAGACCAUAAACAUGGUGGUGGCAACACGUAUCGACGAUUUAGUUCAAUCUGUUAGCCUUCAUAUUCCUCGUCAGUUUCUAUUUCAUGGUUAUGUUUUACCAUUUCUCACACUCUAUGGAGGCUGGUUAUACGGGUGGUUUUUUGUAUAUGGAACUGAAGAGUACUACGAAGCAGGACCUAUCGGAGUGGCGGUGAUUGGCCUUUUACAAAUUCUGAGUUGCCUUUGCUGCCACUGGUCUGUCCACGUGCAGUGUUUCUUAACGUGCAAAAGUGCAAAAGAUCCAUUGAAGGCCAAACUCGCUAAAGUCGUACCAACUGCCAAUAAUGGAUCAUCAGAACUAGUUUCAGUUCACCAUUACAAGGAUGAAGUGAACCAGAGUGUGAGCAUAUGGUUUAUAUUCCAGAAGACUAAGUAUGUUUGGGAUGUAGAUAAAAACCAGUUUCGCGGUCUGCAGUUCCCUGUGGAUCUCCCUUUUGGAGAGUACAUGGAGUGGAAGGGGUAUCAAGAGGACCAUGACGUCACAAAUGCAGACAUGAAAUAUGGCAGGAAUCAGCUUGACAUGGUGGUGCCGGAGUUUAUGGAGCUGUUCAAAGAACGAGCUACAGCACCAUUCUUUGUAUUCCAAGUGCUGUGUGUUGCUCUGUGGUGCCUUGAUAAAUACUGGUACUACUCUCUCUUCACACUCGUUAUGCUUAUCCUUUUUGAGUGCACGCUGGUCCAGCAACAGCUGCGCAACAUGGCAGAGAUUCGAAAGAUGGGCAACAAACCAUAUAUGAUACAGGUCUAUCGGAAUCGACGAUGGCGCCCUAUAUUUACAGAUCAACUUGUUCCAGGAGACAUAGUGUCUAUUGCACGAUCACAGCAUGACAACUUUGUCCCUUGUGACCUUCUCUUACUCCGUGGACCAUGCAUUGUUGAUGAGAGCAUGUUAACUGGGGAAUCAGUGCCACAAAUGAAGGAACCUAUUGAGAACCUUGAGCCAAGUACACUUCUUGACUUGGAAGCUGAUGGAAAGCUGCAUGUUCUUUUUGGAGGCACCAAAGUUGUUCAGCAUACUCCACCUAGCAAAUCAUCUGCUGGAUUAAGGGCUCAGGAUAAUGGUUGUGUUGCUUAUGUACUACGUAUUGGAUUCAACACUUCACAGGGAAAGCUUUUACGGACUAUACUGUUUGGAGUAAAACGUGUUACUGCGAAUAAUUUGGAAACAUUUGGAUUCAUUCUGUUCCUUCUGAUCUUUGCAAUCGCUGCUGCAAGUUAUGUAUGGAUCAGGGGCUCAGAAGACCCAACAAGGAACAGGUAUAAGCUGUUCCUAGAGUGUGCACUGAUUUUAACAUCUGUUGUGCCUCCAGAAUUGCCCAUAGAAUUAUCACUAGCAGUCAACACAUCAUUACUGUCAUUAUCAAAAUUAGGUGUAUUCUGCACAGAACCAUUUCGUAUUCCGUUUGCCGGCAAAGUUGAAAUCUGUUGUUUUGAUAAAACAGGAACGCUUACAAGUGACAACCUUGUUGUGGAAGGAAUUGCAGGUCUUGAUGUCCGACAGGGAGUGGUGCCUCUGUCGGAAACAUCUUUGGAGAGCAUUCAAGUCCUAGCAACUUGCCAUGCUCUGGCUCAAUUAGAUGAUGGACUUGUGGGUGAUCCUUUGGAAAAAGCAACUCUCACAGCUGUUGACUGGAAUCUUACAAAAGGUGAUGCAGUGAUACCAAAAAGAGGCAAAGCUCCCGGGAUGAAAAUUUUCCAUCGACAUCACUUCUCUUCUGCUUUGAAGAGAAUGUCUGUAAUUACAGGCUACACACUGCCAGGUAGCACUGAUACAACUUACAUUACCACAGUCAAAGGUGCACCAGAGACACUGAAGCCCAUGUUCUCAAACAUUCCACCCACCUAUGAUGCUGUGUACCUGGAGAUGUCACGUCGAGGUGCUCGUGUUCUGGCUCUGGGUUGGAAGGAAUUAGGACGCUUGACACCACAGCAGAUACGUGAACUCACAAGAGAUGAGUUAGAAUGUGAUCUCAAGUUUGCAGGAUUUGUGAUUAUUUCCUGUCCAUUGAAAUCUGAUUCCCGUGCUGUUAUAAAAGAGAUACUAAAUGCCUCACAUCUGGUAGUAAUGAUAACAGGUGACAAUCCCCUUACUGCUUGCCAUGUAGCCAAGGAGCUGCGAUUUACACAGAAAUCAAAGACUCUUAUUCUUACUGAAUUAGGGAAUGGUAGUUGGGUAUGGGAGAGCAUCGACCAGUCACAACACCUGUCAGUCUUGCCACAGAAGACUUAUAAGGAAUUAGUAUCAAAUUAUGAUCUCUGUGUGACAGGAGAGGGCUUGACAUUCCUGAGUGAACAUCAUAGACAGUUCUUUUAUCAAAUUUUGCCUCAUAUAUCUGUCUUUGCCCGUGUUGCACCAAAACAGAAAGAAUUUGUCAUUGUAGCCCUGAAAUCUCUUGGUUUUACAACCCUGAUGUGUGGAGAUGGUACAAAUGAUGUGGGGGCACUGAAACAUGCUGAUGUAGGUGUUGCUAUUUUGUCAAAUGCUCCUGAGAGGUUACCAGAAAAGAAGAAGCCAGAAAGAGGGGAUAGAGAACGCAGAGGUCAUGGUUUAGGAGGAACAAAUCCUGGAUCACAUGGAAACUCAAGACAAAAUGCUGUUAAUGCGACACAUACACAACUUCAGAAGUUACUGAAAGAGAUUGAAGAACAGGACCAGGCACAGAUUGUGAAGCUGGGUGAUGCAAGCAUUGCAGCACCAUUCACAUCAAAACUGUCCUCUAUAAUGUGCAUUUGCCAUGUUAUAAAACAGGGCCGAUGUACACUGGUAACAACAUUACAGAUGUUCAAGAUUUUGGCAUUAAAUGCCCUCAUUCUUGCAUAUAGUCAAUCAGUCUUGUACCUGGAUGGAAUCAAAUUCAGUGACAUGCAAGCAACACUACAAGGGUUGUUGCUAGCUGCAUGUUUUCUUUUCAUAUCCAGAUCAAAGCCAUUGAAGACAUUAUCACAACAGAGACCUCUACCUAACAUCUUUAAUAUGUAUACAGUUUUGACUGUACUACUGCAAUUUCUAGUCCAUUUCAUUUGUCUCAUCUACUUGGUUCAACAAGCUACCAUGAGAUCACCACCAAAAGAAGAGAAACCAGCAGAUACCAUGGAAGAAGAAGAGGAGUUUGUUCCCAGUCUACUAAACAGUACAGUAUACAUAAUUUCUAUGGCUCUGCAAGUUUCUACAUUUGCCAUUAAUUAUCGGGGCCACCCAUAUAUGGAAAGCCUUACAGAGAACAAAGCUCUUCUGUAUAGUAUUGUGGGUUCAGCAAAAAACCCAGAUAUGGCAUACCAGUUUGAAAUAGUAGAAUUUCCACCAGAAUUUCGAAUCAUCCUGGUGCAAGUGCUAUUUGCAGACUUUGUUCUAUCGUUCCUUGUGGACCGUGUUUGUCUAUGGCUACUGGGUGAAGGAAAGUUGCGGAUCAAAUGAGAAGUGUACAACCAUAGACUCAUUAAAAACACAGUGGUUUGAAGAUCCAUUUGCAGCUGCCACAAGCUUUGAUAUUCCAAACUGAAAUCUUCAGCGUUAAUGCACAUUUUUCAUAAUCUCAAAUUAGAGCAAUUUGUUUGCAACCAUUUAAAUGGAACAUAUGGGGAUUGGGUAAAAUAUUUUAAGAAGAAAGUAAUUAUUUCCAAUUUGUACAGCUGUGUCCAAAGCAAAAUGUGAGACAUUCAAAUCUUGGACUUCAUGUCAAUGUCUGCUGGAGUUUUUAAUUCUGAUGGAGAAACAACUAUGACCAUAGUUGGAAUUAUAAAAUGGCAUGUAUUAUAUGCUUUACCAUGAUGUAUUAGUUAAUGGAAAGAUUUUGGCAUAGCUUUUAGUAAAUUGGAGAACUUGAAAUGACCAGAAUUUGUUUCAAAGUAUGUUGAGUAACAAAUAAAACCUUAUGAGCACUAGCAUUUUGUAAUUUGAAGCCUUGAAAUUUUGUCUUUUGUGUCAUAAUUUUGCUGGGGACAUGGCUUUCAAUUCAGUUCUUCUAUUUAAAUAAACAUGGAAGAAACAGUAAGCAAGUAGUUGGAAAUGGAGGCUGGUAUGUCAAAAUAAAUUAAAAAUUGUGUAUACUGUAUUUUAUUGGAGGGAUUGAUUGUGUGUCUAGUAUGACCUGUGGAAAUCCAGUAUUAGUAUUAGAAAUCUGAAAUUUGAUAUUUGUUCUACAGACCACCAAGUGUACACAGUUUUUGUCUGGCAAUUUGAAAUUAAAACUGUGUCAGGUAAAAAGUAUUAAAUUCUAUACUUGUGCAAGAAAUUUAGAGAAUUACAUGCACCCUUGACACCUGGAAGGAUACCAGUGUGUCUUAGUCUUCACCCAUUCAAAAAUUGUACAUAUUAAUUAAUAACUGCCCCCCCCCCCUUAUUUCUUUUUUCUUUUCUUUUUUUCCAUUCCAACUUCUUCAUACAUGUGUACCAGUGUCAGAGUGUUUCACUGGUAUGUUGAAUGGUUCAGAAAACCUUUAUGAUUGUAAACAACAAACUUCUUUGUUGUUAAUGGUAAAUGCUGUCAUCUGAUUAAAUGAAGCUUGUAGAGAAUUCAAAAUUCAUGUGCUGUGGUAGAAGGUUGUGGCUUUUGACUUUGGUUACAUAAUAAUCUUGUUACUUUUAAACAUUUUAAAAAUGAUUUCAUGGUUGGUAUGUCACAUGUUGAUGGAGAUAAAGUUAAUAUUUAAAUUAUAUAUUUGUUGUGCAGUUUUUAAAAUGGUUAACAAAACAGGUUGAACUGAUCAGCAGUUCUGAGUAAUGUAUCUACUGAAGAUUCACAUUUUUCAGUUCUGUUUUAUAUGAAAAUUAAUUAAAAUAAUUGAAUUUGUAUUUUGACACCACAUAACUGCUGGAAAACAUAUACUAUGAUGUUCAAAAUCAUUCCUAAAAUACUGUGCUACAGAUUAUAAUUUAACUGAGGUAACACAUCAAAAUGUAGUGCUGUUUGUAUUUAUAUUAUCUUAUAAUGAAAGAUAGCUAAUACACAGGUUGCAGUGUUUUCUUAAAAUCAUUACACUUUGAUAUUGGUUUCUGUUUCCCCCACCCCCGUACCCCUUUGUGCUGUGAAUAAGAAUUUAAAAUUACCUGUAUUGUUUUUAUAUGAUUUAUAACUGUUAAUUUAUAAAACAUUUGAUCCAUUGAUAAAAGCAAUCUGAGGAUAUAGGAUUUGAGACUUUUGCAGCGAGUACAACCAAUAAAAUCUUCUCGGGCAAUCAGCCGCGUUUGGGGUACCAACUCAGAGUUGGUUCCCGAAACGUUGGUUUACUAUGGUAACCAGUUAAUGUGGCUUAUUGCCCGAGAAGAUUUUAUUGGCAAUCUGACUAGUUCUUAAGUGGGACAUUACAACAUGUAGUUACUGAACCAAAGUAUAUUUACAAUUGGGAUACAAAAUGUUUACAGCAUUCUCUACAAAAUUGUAGUAUGUAGCAUAUUUUUUUGUUUUAAAUUUUUAAUUAUUUUAUUUUUGUUCUGGUCCUUGUAUGAGUAGUGCCUACAGACAUGUUAAAUAAAUUACUUAUUAAGAAUUGUCUUAUCUACUGGUGCUGUCAUUUUCCAGCCAUUAAUGAAUAGCAGUGUUGUAUCGUCUUUAUGCUUUAACAGUUAUAAUAAUAAACUUAAACUUUUUGUAGGUAAUUUUAUUUUUGUCUUCCAUCUCCACUGUUCUAGCCCUCUGAAAAACUCUUGUGCGUUUUGCGUGUCCCUACUCUAGACUUGAGAUAUUUGGAGGAAAAAGGGAAAUACGUAAUUAGUCUAUGCUGUUUCUUCUGUUAUCAGUAUGACUGUUCACUGCAGAUUGAGACUGUGUGAGAAAUAUUUGGAAUCUCCCAUGGACACUGUUAUUCAAAUGUAUGUGGAUAAUACCAAAUUAAUAAAAAAAUGAAGUGCCUUUAUAGAAAGUGUCAAGCUGUAAUUGACAUUACAUGAAACUAACCAUUACUGAAUUCCUUUUGGAUCAUCUUUGAAAAUAUAGUCAGUCUAACAAGAUACUUGUAAUUCUAAGAUCAUCUUUGUUCAAUUUAUAUCAAAACAUACACAAGCAGCACUAAGUGAUUGUAUGAUGGAAUAAUAUUUAAUAGCUUUAAAGUACAUUAAAGGAUAUGAUUAUUGUUGUUUUAAAUUUCAGAAGAUAGUUGUAAGAUACAGUAUUAUUUAAGUAUUUGUGAUGUUAAAAACAAAAACCAAUAUCAGUGUGUAAAGUCUGCAUGGUCAGUAUACUUUGUUUCAGCCUGUACCUGCAUAUACAUUUCUGUAUGUGUCAAUGUAAGCAGGCAAUCUGGUAAACAGUUCAGCAGUAAUACAUCUUACCCAAAUUCAUGUGCUUGUUUUAAGGCAAAUGAAGGAGGUUUGAUGAAUGGCUGCAGUAAUUGAUAAAAGUCAGAGGAGAGGCCUGGCACAUGCUUUAUCAUAAUGCAGUGUUGAAGCUGUUUAAUACUAUGAGGCAAGUUGGCAUAGUGGUAGAGAAAGGCUUGAAAUGAAGCAAGUAUAUGCACCUCUCCUGUAACUUUCUCUCAAAUUUGUACAUUUGUCACAUUCCAUAUUGUAAUUUGUACUUCCCUUUAUUUCUGCAAUGAAAAAUGUAUUUCAUACAGCACAGUA